AUGGACUCGGAAAUCACCAAGCAAGUUCAAUAUCCAUUCAUCGACGUCGUAUCUUUCGCUUUUGACAAGCAGAAGGCAUUCGAUAACGGGAAGCCUUUAUACAUAGAUGCUGAGGAUCCUCGGCGCUCUUUGGACUACACACAGACACGACAGCUCGUACGGCGCAUAAUAGCGGGACUUCGUGCUCAUGGCUUGCGGAAGGGGGAGACGGUGCUUGUGCACCUCUUCAAUAAUUACGCUUACCCAGCCAUGUUCCUAGGAAUUGUCGGAGCUGGAGGCCUUUUCUGCGCCACCAAUCCCAAAUUGAAAAGUGAGCUGGCGAACAUAAUGGCGCUCUCCCAGCCGCGCUUCAUAAUCACCACCGAGGAGCUUCUCGCGCAGCUCCGAGAGUGGACUCCAGUUGCCUCCGACGAGGUCAUCAUUUUCGAUUCCGAAAGUCUCUCCAAAAAGUCACAUAGAGUACCGAUCUUGGAUGACCCAUCUCUGAGACCGUUCAGAACCCUCAUGGACCAUGGAGAGGAGGAUUGGCCGGAGAUACGCUCCGAACACGAAGUCAAGGCUACGCCGGCGUCGUACUUCCUGACGUCCGGCACGACGGGGUGCCCCAAGCUCGCCACGCUCUCGCACUACUCCAUGGUCGCGCACUUCAGCAUGAUUCACCAGCAAGUGCCCUACGCACCCGUUCGACUGAGCUGCCUCCCCCUGUUCCACAUGUUCGGCGGCGCCUGGGCGCUGGCGAACACGAUCCGCCACGGCCAGCCCAUGUACAUCAUGUCCAACGCCGCCAAAUUCGACGUCAACCGCUACGUCGCCUACAUCGCCAAGUACGGCGCCACAGAGACGUCCAUGGCGCCGCCGAUAGUGGCGCAGCUCAAUAGCCUCGAGGACAGCAGUGCGCUGCGUGACGGCCUGAAGACCUUGAGAUGGAUUGGGGUGGGCGGCGCUCCCAUUACAGCCGAGACGCUGGCCAAGUUCAAGACGCGCUUACAUCCAGACGCCACAUUGAGCGGCGUGUACGGUGCUACGGAGCUGGGCACCAUCGUCAUGUUUCGAUACGGCGAACAAGACACCACGGGCUCGGUAGGAAGGCCGGCGCCUGGUGUCCACAUCCAGAUUCGGAAGCCGGCCAAGGACGGCAGCACGGCUACGACGUGCGGCGAACCUGCGAAUGCUUCUGGCGAAAUCUUCAUCUCGGCUGAAUCCCGCAUGAUCGGAUACCGUGGCACCUCCGAAAGCAGCAAGGUCGACGUGGAUUGGUACUGCACAGGCGACUUGGGCUGCAUGGAGAACGGCAAGCUGUACAUCACUGGCAAGGCCAAGGACAUCAUGAAGGUGAACGGAUUCCAAGUCUCUCCCACCGAGAUCGAGGCAGCGCUCCUCGAGCACCCAGAGAUCGAUGACUGCGCUGUGUCGAAGGUCGUGAAAGAGGAUGGGACCGAGUUGCCGCAGGCUUUCGUCGUACGGCGGGAUCGCAGCGUCUCAGAACAGGACGUCAAGGAGUUCGCGCGCCAACGACUGGUCCACUACAAGCAACUGACCGGCGGUGUUGUUUUCGUGACGCAGAUCCCCAAACUCGCAAGUGGAAAGAUUCAACGGCAUAAACUCCAAGAGCAACCUCUGGACAUUGACAUGAACACCGGUGACUCGAACGGCUAUAUAUCUGGGUUGAAGGGCUGGUGCAUCAGCGUCCUCGCCUCAAUUUUCCCCUUCCGAGGGCCUCUCCAGAAACUCUAG